GACUCAAACCCUUCUAUUCUGGCAGCGGGGGCACGACAUCUUUCAGCUUUCUUCCAGGAGCGACUCUCACAGGGGAGCCGAUUUCUUCUCGGAUCUGACCACCACAGCCCUCAGUAAUUAUAGCAGCGUCUGAAUUCUGAGCUAAAAACAGAAGUGCAGCAUGUGCCUAUUCCCCAUGUGAUUCAGAAAGCAGGAAAUUGAAAGAGCCUGACUGAGAGGAGAGGGAGCGCAAAGCAAUAGACACAUCCAAUAUUUGUCUGAAACCUGCUACGCCUGGGACGCAGGAGCUGCCAUCCGCCGGCGCUGCUUCUGCGUGCAGCUCGGCCGAGGCGGAUCGGGCGUAGCGGGACCGAAGGCAGGGGGAGCGGCGGGGCCGGAGCUGGGCUCGCCGCGCCGCGAUGUAAACAGCGCCGAGCGGAGGCAGCGCAGCGCCCGCACGCUCCGGGCUGCCGGCAGCUGCCCGCGGGCUGCCCGGCUCCGCCACGCACCUCCGGCGGCCGGCUCCAUGAGCGAAACCAGGCACUCCGGAGCAUCUCCUGCCUGUGGAUAUAACCAGGGGGCAACCGGGAUGCGCUGAGCUUUCUCCGCCGGCGCCGCAGCUCCUUCGUGCUCCGCGCCGCAGCUGGGACAGGGCGAUGGACAUGAACAUGAAGAAGUUCACAGUGCGUCGCUUCUUCUCCGUCUAUCUCCGCAAGAAGUCUCGGUCAAAGAGCUCGAGCAUAAGUAGAUUUGAGGAAGAAGGUAUUGUGAAGGAAAUAGACAUCAGUCAUCAUGUCAAGGAAGGUUUUGAAAAAGCAGAUCCGUCUCAAUUUGAACUGUUGAAAGUAUUAGGACAAGGUUCAUACGGAAAGGUAUUUCUAGUCAGGAAGGUAAAAGGAUCUGAUGCAGGGCAGCUUUAUGCCAUGAAGGUACUUAAGAAGGCAACUCUAAAAGUUCGGGAUCGGGUACGAUCUAAAAUGGAGAGAGAUAUUUUGGCAGAAGUGAACCAUCCUUUCAUAGUCAAGCUUCAUUAUGCAUUUCAAACAGAGGGAAAGUUGUACCUAAUACUAGAUUUCCUGCGGGGAGGGGACCUUUUCACCAGACUCUCCAAAGAGGUGAUGUUUACAGAAGAGGAUGUCAAAUUCUACUUAGCUGAGCUGGCCUUGGCAUUAGACCACCUCCAUGGUCUUGGGAUUAUUUACAGGGAUCUAAAACCAGAAAACAUUCUUCUUGAUGAAGAGGGUCACAUUAAGAUAACAGAUUUUGGUCUGAGUAAAGAAGCCAUCGACCACGACAAGAGAGCGUACUCAUUCUGCGGGACAAUAGAGUACAUGGCCCCAGAGGUGGUCAACCGGCGAGGGCACACGCAGAGUGCCGACUGGUGGUCCUUUGGCGUGCUCAUGUUUGAGAUGCUGACGGGAUCAUUACCCUUCCAGGGAAAAGACAGAAAGGAGACAAUGGCACUCAUUCUCAAAGCCAAGCUGGGAAUGCCACAGUUUUUGAGCAUAGAAGCCCAGAGCCUGCUGCGAGCCCUCUUCAAAAGGAACCCCUCCAACAGAUUAGGUGCUGGAUUUGAUGGAGUGGAAGAAAUUAAGCGUCACCCUUUCUUUGUUACUAUAGACUGGAAUAAACUGUACAGAAAAGAAAUCAAGCCGCCUUUCAAGCCCGCAGUGGGGCGGCCAGAAGACACCUUUCAUUUUGAUCCAGAGUUCACCUCUCGGACCCCUACAGAUUCCCCAGGUGUUCCUCCAAGUGCCAAUGCUCAUCAUCUUUUCAGAGGAUUCAGCUUUGUUGCCUCUAACUUGGUGCAGGAGCCUGCACAGCAAGAUGUGCACAAAAUCACUGUUCAUCCAAUUGUGCAGCAGUUACAUGGGAACAACAUUCACUUUACUGAUGGAUACGAGAUCAAGGAGGACAUAGGAAUUGGCUCCUAUUCAGUGUGCAAGAGAUGUGUUCAUAAAGCUACAGAAACAGAGUUUGCAGUGAAGAUAAUUGAUAAGAGCAAGAGAGACCCCUCUGAAGAAAUUGAGAUACUCUUGCGAUAUGGACAGCAUCCAAACAUCAUUACUCUUAAAGAUGUCUAUGACGAUGGGAAGUUCGUGUACCUGGUGAUGGAGCUGAUGCGGGGAGGCGAGCUGCUGGACCGCAUCCUUCGGCAGAAGUGUUUCUCAGAGCGGGAAGCCAGCGCUGUGCUGUGCACCAUCACCAGGACUGUGGACUACCUACAUUCUCAGGGCGUCGUGCACCGAGAUCUCAAGCCAAGUAAUAUCCUCUACAUGGAUGAGUCAGGAAACCCAGACUCUAUCAGGAUCUGUGACUUUGGGUUUGCCAAGCAACUCAGAGCGGAGAACGGGCUGCUCAUGACUCCCUGCUACACAGCCAACUUUGUCGCUCCUGAGGUCCUUAAACGCCAAGGUUAUGAUGCAGCCUGUGACAUUUGGAGCUUGGGGAUCCUGCUGUACACCAUGCUGGCAGGAUUCACUCCUUUUGCAAAUGGUCCAGAUGACACCCCAGAGGAGAUUCUAGCCAGGAUUGGCAGUGGCAAAUAUGCUCUUACAGGAGGAAACUGGGAUUCAGUAUCUGAUACUGCAAAGGACAUUGUGUCUAAGAUGCUUCAUGUAGACCCUCAUCAGCGCCUCACAGCAGUCCAAGUCCUGAGACAUCCAUGGAUAGUGAACAGGGAGUACCUGUCUCAAAACCAACUCAGCAGACAGGAUGUUCACCUAGUUAAGGGUGCAAUGGCAGCCACUUACUUCGCUUUAAACCGUGCACCUCAGGCACCGAGGCUGGAGCCUGUAUUGUCCUCCAACCUGGCUCAGCGGCGAGGCAUGAAAAGACUUACCUCUACCAGAUUGUAGCACUACCCCCAAAAGGCCUCCUUGCAAACCCACAGUUUAUUAUUUGAGAAAUUCAUCUUUACUUGGCUAGCAGAACAUUUUUGGAGAACCUGCACAUGAAAUUGCCAGAACUAGCAGAAGCCCACGUAAGGCAAAGUUCUCAUUUGCUACAUCUUUUCUUUUACAUUCCAGCCAGGGUCCUGAGUUUAACAACUUCACAAAAGAUGUGCCAGUUUUGCCAGUAGCUCUGUUUCUUUACUGAGAUAAAGCCAAAUAAAAUAGGCAAGCUCCAUCCUUUCCACCCUAGGAAAACUAUUUUUGAGUCUGUAAGAUGUUCCAUGGGAGCAGUUUUCAUUUUGAUUCUCAAGAAAAGCACUUUUUGCUAUGAAGAGAACAGUCGGGUUAGAAUGCUGUUCCAGCAUGCAUCAUGAUGAAGUGACUUGGCUGGUCACCAGUAGACAUCUACUGAUCUCCACUCACCCCAGGAAAAGUGAAGGCUGCAGAGACACAUGACUAAUACCUUAUUUGAAACAAGUGCUAUACAACAUGAGGUAGAGAGAGCUGGUGGUGGUGGAAAUACUUUCUGUUCUUGAGGAAUCUUUUGCACUUUGCCCCUGCCUUCUCUGGAAUGAAGCUAACACCUCUCAAGGAGAGUGUGCCACCAGCUCUGACUUGCUCAAAAGUCUCAGAAAGCAAAAAAACCUCUGAGAAGCUCAGUCUUCAGAGGAAAAGAAUGGGUCUUAUGAGACUGUGGGAAGGCUGUCUUGGCCAGCUAGCAGGUCUGGAGGAUUAGGUGAGGGGGCUGGGGAAGCAAAUAAAGGCAGGGAAAGGUGUGAGUGGCUGUGAGGACAGUAGGCAAAAUAAUCCAAAGGCAACUAGUGUACAAGUGGCUGGGGGCAGACUGUGGCUCCCUCUCAAAGCAGGGGGCAGUCCCCCUUCAGUGACUGGUGCAGAAGACAGUGGGUGCUGGGCUGCCCAGGGGCCAAGUGGGUCAAUGUAGACAUCCUCCCACACCAUCACCUGGUCUGCUCGUUCUGGCAGGCCAGAGUGUCACGCUGGAGCAAGAGAGGUCAUUUCCAGACACUGCUCCCUGCCUUCCCCUGGCUGAUCACCCAAAUCUGCCUCCAUCACCCAACACGUCACGUCCCUGCCUGGGUGUUCUACCCUAGCAGAGCUAAACUCCCCAUGCCACAUGUGUGCAGACAGUACCCACUUCUGAAGAGUUCAGCCAACUCUGUUACAAGCUUUAAUAAUAAUAAAAUAUGAGGAGAAAUGGGAGGAUGCUCUGCUUUUAUAUUUAUAUGAAUAUGUACAUGUGUAUUUAUAUACAUAUAAAACAAAAAUUCUGUGCCCUAAUAACUGGAUUUUCCAGGUCCAGGGAAAGAAAACUUUUGUUGAAAUGGUCUCUGCAAAAUGGACUUUUUUUCUCAUUCCCUGGUUUCAAAGAAGGCAAGCAAGGUUUGUGGUGCCAGAUGUGAACUAUUUUUUUAUUCUUUUUCUUACCCAUCUUGGCUUAUUGGUGGUCACAAGCUGACCAAGAUUCUUCUUUCUAAUGCUUUUGUUGAUUUUUAUUUUCUGAGUGAAUUUUGUCACCUCAGAUGCUUCGUAGGAAAAGCUACUGUGCUCUGUUGGCUUUUUUCUGCUGUGACGGGAGAAAAAAAAAAGAAAAAUGUGAACAUGGAGCUUCAUAUGCUAGACAUGGUAAUUUUUUCUUGCUGGGUAGUUUGUGCAUCUCGGUGCUGAACUGGAAUUACCAGAUCACUGCCUCAGAUUGUCCAAUGGGUUUCAUUUCCUAUAGUAAUAUUCUUCCUAAAACUAUCUCUGCUUCAAUGUUGACUGAAGUUUGUUUGUUUGCAUUAGUCUAUUUUUAAAUUUAAAUUUAUUCCUAAUAAUUUAUACUGAUAUUUAAUGUUCAAGUUCAUGUGCUGUGCACAGAGGAUCGCUGCAAAGCAGCUCUCCUUGAAGCCCUUCUCUUUUCUAAAAUAAACUAUGCUGUGAAACUUCACACACAGGCUGAGUUGGCUGGGACUGAUGAGUGCAAACGCACAGGUGGGUGUUUAUGCUUGUGUACACAGCAGCCCACAUUCUCUCCUCUGGCUAAGCUGUGCUCAGUGUCAGCUUUUUGCUGCCUUUAGAAUCUUCUGCGUGUUAGAAGUUGAGUCUCACAUGUUUCUGCUAACAGCACAGCACAAGGAUAUCCACUGGCAGGGAUAUCCUGGCUGGUGCAGAACUGUUCUGGUCCGGCCUUGUUUCCCUUGAAAUGACUUCUGUCCUGGGAAAAUACAAGGUGGGCAUAAGGAUGCAAAGGGCAACCUGGAGGGAGGGCUGGAUUUUUUGGGGUCCCAGCUGAUAUGUGCUAUUGCAACAAAAUGUAUUUUUAAUGGUUGGAGUAAUUGUAUUGUAUUGUAUAUGGGCAGAAAGACUUUUGAAAAUGUUAUGUACAGCUUUUGUCUCCCUCAGAUUUCCUGGUUAUCUUGCAUUGCUUCACUUUGCUUUCUCUCACAACCACUGGAAAAAGUCUCAUUCCCUCUAGAUAUAUCCAGUCUUAAUUCUUCGAGCAUGUUUUUUUCAACUGAAUAUUACUGUAGGCCAACAUACUUACAGGAUGUUGUUCUUCCCAAAGUUUAAGGGUUUUAAAAUCUUCCUGGCUUUCCUCUUUCUAACCCACCAGCUAUUUACAUAGGGACACAUACGGACUCAUACAUCUUAAUGCUUAUUAAUUACUUUAUAAGCCUAUAAAUAAUUAUGAGCCCAUACAUAUAAUGGGCUUUGUUUAUUAAAGUUUUGUUGACGCUGCAUCCAGAUGUGUGCACAUAUGUGUCUGUAUGUAAACACAUGCACAAAAAGCAUUGUCCAAAUGAAGGUAGAAGUGUAGUCAGAGGUGGAGGUGAUACUCAGAGAGUUUUGUCUGCAGCGUUCUUUGAAAUCUAUCAUUGAUAAUGGUAAUGAUUACUCUGGAUGUAGAAAAAAAGGCUGUGCCCAUCCAUGGAAGAAACUUCCCCAUCCAAUCUCCCCUCUGCCCCAGAUAUGCAUCCCCAUGCACUUCCAAGGGCAUAUCAGUCUCCCCUCUGCAGUCCUGCCAUGGGAGCUGCUUUUCUGUGGGUUUUCUGACCUGUUCCAGUGAAGUGAACCCAAUAAAACCUUUUUCACUGUCAGUCUUGUGGAUCCAGCUCAUUUAGACUGAAAUACAAGAGCCUCUAUCAGCAAAUCCAAGGGAGGAAUAUGCCAUUGGCAGUCAUUAUUUCAGAUUGAUAGCACCCACUGGUUCCCCCGGCUCAGCUGGAUCCCGGAGAGGAUGCUAGGCUGUGUCUGUGGCCUAAUUACUGCAAUGGUUGCUUUUACACCAGCAUCUCCUUUCUAGACUCCUGGUCAUGGUAUAGCUCAGCAAUAAGCACUUUUUUUUUUUUUUUUUUUUCUGGUAGAAAACUGAAAAAGGCUUACCUUCUCUCCUUCUCUCUCUCUCUUUAUAUAACCUUAAGAGACUUUUACUAAAUGUUAUAUUUAACUCCUGAAAGUCUAAAAGUCUCCUUUAAUUAGAACAUACAAUCUUGCAAGUUUUUUAAUCCAUAAAAUGACCUAGUGCCUUAGGCUAUUACAAAUAUUGUAGUUACAUUUUUAACCAUCAAGCUGCACAAUGCAAUGAGUGUCCAAGGCAUACCCAGUGUACCUGUCACAGACAUACAGGCAUCCCUCAUCUGGCAGCCGUCACAGAAUGGUUAGGGUUGGAAGGGACCUCUGGAGCCCAUCUAGUCCAACCACCCUGCUAAAGAAGGUUCCCUUAGAGCAGGUUGCACAGGACCAUAUCUAUGGAGGUUUUGUAGUUCAGUCCAGGAGAGAAGAGUCUGCCCAGCAAGGAGGAGGCAUAUCCCCACAUUUUGCAGCGCUGGACCCCACCUCUGCAGCUCCAGGACUCUGAGGAAGCCAAAUGGCCCUGGUGAAGAAUAUCAUGGGAAGUGUUACUCAGUUCCUACACAGCACACUGCUUGUCUAUAAGGCAGAGGUGUGGGAGAUGCUGCUCAAAGGGAGAGCUGACCUCUGCCCCAGACCCUCAUGAAUUUUCACUUAUUUAAAAUCUGUUUAACUUUUUCUAAGCAAGCAAGAUAGAAUUUAUAAAACCUAACUAUUUCAGCAAAUGACAAGUGACCCUCACAGACAUGUUGCUACAAAUCUCUACAUUUGAAAAAGAAGUCUACCUGAGAAUAGGUUUUGUUUCCUCAGAAAAAAAAAUCUUCUUCAGUUCCCUGAGAGCCCAGGGUGCUGGGGGUAGCACAGAGAGCUGAGUGAAGCAUGUCUUGUGUGACACAACAUCAUGACAUCAUAUGGCACACUCAUACAAGGUACAGAUUGUGUGUUCCUCUACUUCAUCUAACUCUGGAUGUAAUAUUGGGCUCUCUUUUCAGCCAGACCCUUUCUGCUCUCCCCAACAACUUGUACCCAGCUCUGGUACCUCUGAAUACAUCCAAACUUCAGUCGAGUAUGCAAUUGCUGUGUGUCUGUGCUAUGAAUUAUGACAGGGCUUAGCUUAUCCCCUAAGCCAUGGAUGGCACAAAGGUAAUAUGCUGCUGCUCUUCUGAACUCACACCAGCAAAUGCAAGUGCUGACACUAAAAAUGGCAGGCAGUCACUUUCUCUUACUUCACCUGCUCAUCUGCCAUUUCACACCUCCUUUAGCCAGGUCACCACGGGGCAAAGCAAAUGUUUGCGUGUCAGAACAAAUGGCUAGGGACAGCGGGAAGGCAACAGAACCAGUGUAGCUGACACAUUGGAAUGGCUACAAGUUCAGUGUCACCUCUGUCCCUCUGUUGCUGCGUUGUGCUGAGCAGAGCCCAGGCAUGGCUCAGAGUCAGGGCUAUAAAUUAUGUGAUUUUUGUCCAGCAGCAGGUUCCCAGUGCCAAGCCCUAUGCACAGAGAGGGAGGACAAGUCCAGGCUUCUGAAAAUUGGCCACAAGUUCAUGCAAAAUCCCUGUAACCAGAAGGUGUAGGGCCACAGAUGGCAUGUAAUGGGGAAAUAAUGUUGACUGUAUGUAUUUUUGCCACUACCUUAAUAAAAGUGAUAGAAAAACCCCAGGGUUUGUUUUUAAAUCAUACAUUUUUUUGCAGAGGAAAUUCUUGAUUUUGGGGCAUGCUACAGCUUUGAUCCCUAGAAGAUCCCUAGAAGAAGUAAGGCAGUCAAACACAGAAGAUACAGCAGAUUACUAUAGCAAACAAUAUAUUGUAGCUUUCACUGGAAAAUUAUUUUCAGGCAGGUGUUUUGAAGCCCUCUCUUAGGAUGUGUGUAUCAGAAAUGUCAAAGCAGAUACUUAUAAGCAAAAUUCCCUUGUUGGACACCCAGAGAUGACCCCUUUAAGCAAGAGCCAUAUGUGAGCUCCACACUCACAUAUGUGAAUCCUAAAAGACAGGCAAGCAGCACAACCUUUCCGAUAUUACUUACAUCAAAAUAAAAAGGCCUAAAAUAAUGUUAAUAAGAUGCUUUAGUAUAAUACAUUAAAAAAGACAAAAAGUAAAAUGUGCAAUCCCAUUUUUCUUUUCCUCUUUGGAAAUAUGUCAUUGUCCUUUAGAAGUGUAUAUUCUUCCCUCCUAACUGACCCUGAUAAUGAAAACUUGUGUUGUCUGAGAACACUGCAGAUAAGCUUCUUCUGGUACCUCAAGUCCUGUCUGAACACAGUCCCACACUGCUCUCGCCAUGUCUGUCCACAGAACACACAUACAAUUGUACACCCUCUCCUAUUCUGAAAGUUAGCAAAAACAUGAGAAUUUAAACUCAGAAGAUAAAAUUAAGUUAAAAGUAAAGUUCUCAGUGUGCACAGAACUAAAACUCAUAGUAUUCAGAUGAAGGAUGGAUUGAAGCCUGUGCAGAACAAAAAUGUUACAGAGUAAAUAGAGUAAUUCUUAGAGCCAAAUUUUAUCUAAAUUCUCUUCAUAGAUUUUUGUGAACCUAGACCUUGCAUUUCCAAGUGCAACUAGGUGAUAACACAUAUAUGUCAGCCAGCAUCUGAUCAUGAACAUCAUCAUAAGGCUUGCACAUGAAAGUAUUUUUCAGCCUGAAGUUUUAAGCCUAAAAUUAAGAUUUUGGCCCUUUUUGUCAUCCUGUGUUGUGUAAACCAUGAUGUUCAGUGUUGAACUAUUCAACCACUACUUCUUGCAUUGGUAUACAUAAUUACAGAGUCAACUUGUGCUCCGUUAUGUCUCCUAAAUGGAUGUUAUGAACAUAUUUUUCAGAGAUGCUUUUCCGUGAAAGGAAAAUGAAAAUGCAUACUCUCUUUGAUGAAGGCAAAUUUUGAAAGGAGAGGCUAUAAAAUAUGCAUUUGAAGUGCAGAAAAUGAAAAGCAGUUGCUAAAAGAUUGUUUCUGAUUUGCUACUCAGAGCCAAAUCUUGCUGCCUUCAUUUCUGUGUUAAUUCCUUAAUUCAUAUGCACCUUCAGUGACUGGUGGGAGAGCUCAAAGUUCUCUUUCCUUUUGGAGUAAUGGAGUCUGGCCAUUAGGUGAUGAUGUGUGUAAGGAAUUUACUUGGGUAGUAAUAAAUUGACAAAAUAUGAACCAUGAUCUAGCACUUUGUUUACAGGCUCCAUAUUCAUGUUUACAAAAUGAUCAUUUCUGAGACUCAUGCUUUUUAUGUUUCUUGUAUGAAAAGGGCAGCCAGUGUACAGAUACUUGUUAUGUUUACCAGCGUUUUUGAAUAGAUUUUUUUUAUAGUACAUGGUUUUAUGAAGUGUAAUAUUUUUAUAGCAGAAUGAUGAUCUUUGGACUUUCUAUAUUGUUACUACAAUUGUUUGCAAACAAGUUCUUUGUUCCUUUUUUUUUCUGUGCACUGUAUCCCAUGUUGCUGCUGCUAAUGUUGCUGGCCUCAGCUGCUGCUGCCCCACCAUGAUGUGGGCUGAUGGUAUUGUGAAACUGUGCAAACUAACUUCAGAGAGCUGUGAUUGUACUGAAGGGCUGGCUGCAUGCUGGGUUCCUCCUGGCAGGAGGGGUGGGGAGCUGUACCAUACCGAGGCAAGAGUUUACUGUGGAUGGCCCCCAAGGAGAAGCCUCAGUGCUCGCCUUUGUCUGUAUUCUGCCAUUUUGGUUUGGCAUGCCCAUCCUUUCCUUUCUUUAUAAAGAAAUAAAAAGAAAAACAUAAAAGGA